AUGGUCACCCCCGUCGUCACAUCCUCCAUUGCCUCCCCCACUCCCUCUCCCUCCACUGCCGCCUCCUCCAUCACUUCUCCUGCAGUUGCACCUCCACCAAAGAAGCCUACAAGCUGGGCCUCACUGUUGCGUCCGGCCGGCGCCACUCCAGUGGGCUCUGCUGGCCCCUCAUCCACUCUGGUCUCUCCCUCCAAGACCAACGUGUCGCUCCCCUCCGAGGCGCCCGAGACACCGCGUUCAACAGCUCCAUCCCUUCCGCCUUCCUCCGGACCUGCUCCCGUCAAGCCUCGCCCCGCGUUCAACUACGCUGCCGCUGCGGCCGUUGGCGCCCCCCUUUCCCCUGCCGAAGACCUUGCACGGCUCCUUACAGAGGGCUUGCGCACUCGCCCCGUCCGCCCCUCGCAGCCCAUCAUUCCCCGAGGCCUGAUCAACACGGGCAACAUGUGCUUUGCCAACACUAUCCUUCAGGUGCUCCGGUACUGCACGCCCUUCACUGAGCUGUUUGAAGAGCUUGGUAGGCGUCUCAAGGCAGACCUGGCGCGCCGCACACCACUACUCGAGGCGAUGAUCGUGUUUCUGCGCGAGUUCGUCCCUGGCCCCUCGACGACGAACGGUUCCUCCGGCGCUUCUACGCCCAAGGGCAAGAGCCGGGACGACGCCUUUGUCCCUGAGAAUGUCUACGAUGCGAUGAAGGAGAACAAGCGCUUCGACUCGAUGCGGCGCGGAUAUCAGGAGGAUGCCGAGGAGUACCUCGGUUUCUUCCUCAACACGCUGCACGAAGAGCUUCUCGGCCUGUACUCGCGCACCAAGCCGCCCACUUCGGCUUCUAAGGCUUCGCAGCCCAACGGUCACGCGGAGCGCACCAUCGGCCGGCCAGUAUCCCCCGGUGCUGGGGAAGAUGGCGACGACUGGCUCGAGGUUGGCAAGAAACGAAAGACUCAUGUCGUCCGCGCCGCGGAGGCGCACGAAUCGGCCAUCACUCGCGUCUUUGGUGGCACCCUCCGCUCCGUCCUUCAUGCUCCGGGGCAGAAGGACAGCGUGACGCUUGAACCUUACCAGCCACUGCAGCUAGACGUGCAGGCCGCGCAGGUGCAGACACUGGCGGAUGCACUGAGGCACCUGAACGAGCCCGAGAUUGUACCGGGCGUCUGGGUGGCGGCGCGCAACGCGCACGUCGACGCGACUAAGCAGGUCUUCUUCGAGUCGCUACCCCCCGUUCUGAUCUUGCACCUCAAGCGGUUCGUGUACGACCCGCAGGAACAGAAUGUUGUGAAGCGCGCCAAGCCCGUUGCGUACGGCUCAGAGCUGGUGAUCCCGCAGGAGAUUAUCUCGCCACCAAAACGCACCCAGCAGCCGAUCAAGUACCGGCUGUUCGGCGUGGUCUACCACCACGGCUACUCGGCAACGGGCGGGCACUACACUGUAGCAGUGUCGCGGCCAGACGGCACGGGCUGGCUGCAUUUCGACGACGAGGCGGUGCAGCCUGUACCGGCCGAGGAUGUCGUCGUGUCCGAGGAAGAGGCGCGUACGGGACGCGCCGGCCUCAUCGGCGGGCGCGAGCGCUGCGCCUACCUCCUUUUCUACCAGCGUGUUCGCUAG